GUGUCAUUUCCCCCUUUCCGUUUUCUCACAGCUUGAAUCUUCUCGUCAGCAAACGUUUCCAGACAACAUAGGUUGUCGCCGGGAUAUGCUUCCUUCUCAGCUGUAACACAGUUAUUGGUCGCAUUGCUUUAUCAGCUUUUCGUCUCUUUUCGAUUCGCGAAAGCAAUUCUGAGCAGAAGCUCGCGGCGAUUUCGACUAUAACCUUCUGAAUGGCUGAGAAUAUGAGCAACGAAUCCUUGUUAGCUCAGAUCCAACAGCUGGAACAUGAGCGUGAUGAAUUACGCAGAGAUAUUGAACAAUUAUGCAUGCAGCAAGCUGGACCUGGCUAUCUUGCUGUGGUUACUCGAAUGCAUUUUCAAAGGACAGCUGGAUUGGAGCAAGAGAUUGAGAGCUUGAAAAAGAAAUUGGCUGCUUGCACAAGAGAUAAUUUAAAUCUACAAGAGGAGCUUUCAGAGGCUUACAGAAUCAAAAGUCAAUUAGCAGAUCUACACAGUGCUGAGGUUGCAAAGGUCUCUUUCUAUCCCCUUAAUGAAAAUAUCGUUGUCCAGAAUAUGGAAGCUGAGAAGCAGGUUAAAUUUUUCCAUGGUUGUGUGGCUGCUGCUUUUGCUGAAAGGGAUCAUGCAAUAAUGGAGGCUGAAAAGGCCAAGGAAAAAGAGGACUCAAUGUCACAGCUAAUUAAUCCCAUCCAGGAGAGGGUAGAAGAGCUCACCUCGGAUUGUCUUAGACUAAAGAAACUUAAUGAUGAUUUGCAAAUUGAUAUGGCAAAUCUGGUGAAGCAGAAUGAAACUUUCAAAAUGGUCAUCAACAAAUUCUUUGAUAUAAGGCAACAUUCUUUGAAAGAAUUUGAGGACACAAGUUGGGAUGAUAAAUGUGCAUUUCUUUUGCAUGACCCGGAUGAAGUGUGGAGUUUUAACGAUACUUCUACCUCCAAAUACAUUAGUACAUUAGAAGAUGAGCUGGAAAGAGCGAGGAACUCUGUGGAUAGUCUUCAAAAUAAACUAAGGGUGGGCUUGGAAAUUGAAAAUCAUUUGAAGAAGAAAAUCAAUGUUCUGGAAAAGAAACAAAUCUCUUUCAACAUAAUGAUAAAUAAUGGCAUAUCAGACUUCAAAUGUUAUUAUUCUGAGUAUAGGGAUCACAUAAAACAUUUACUUAAUGAUGGGGAAGCCAGCAUCAAAUCCAUAAUUAGUGUGAUUGAUGAAAGAGUCAGGAUUUGUGAUCAGAGCGGCAAAUCAAAUUUGACCCCACAGAGUGAGGCAGAACCAGAAGAUCAUGAAUGUCGAGAUGUGCAUAUUAACCCUCAAGCUAUACCUGUCUCAGAAUCUGAGAGUAAUGAACCUAAUGUGCUGAACAUAGAACACGGUGGAAAAGGUGAUGCCUCUGAAGCUCUAGCCCAGGCAUUGCAAGAAAAGGUGGAUGCAUUAUUACUCUUAUCACAGCAGGAGGAGAGACAUUUACUGGAGAGAAAUGUGCAUUUAACUCUUCAAAAGAAAGUUGAAGAACUUAAGAGGAACUUGCUGCAGGUUACCAAUGAAAAGGUGAAAGCUCUCAUGGAAUUGGCCCAAUUAAAGCAGGAGAAUCAUUUACUUAGGGGGAAACUUGGUCCCCAGACUAAAGAAGAAAAAUCUGUGGUUGAUAGUGGAGAAAGAAGGUUAGUUACUCAUCAACAAGACGGAAGAUUAAGAAACUUACUGAAGAGAACAUACUUGAAACGAUGGAUUAAUCCACUAGAUGCAACCGAAACGAAGUUGACAGUGAUCCCAAUGGUGAAGGGAAAUUUUUGCACGGGAGACCCAGCAGCAUGGACCUUGCAAGAAUGAAGAUUGAAGUCGCUACUCUUAAGGAAAGCUUAGAAAGCAUGGAUCAUCUGACUUCUUCAUUUCACAGACUUCGUCUCUCACUUUUAAAGGCCAAAGAUUCGCUGACUUCAGGAGGUACAAAAUCUGGUGUUUCUGAGACCCUUGACAACGUGAUCAAUGAGGCCAAACUUUUGAAGACUGCUCUUGGCAGCUCCCUACCAGUCAGUUGGUCAGCCGGGGAGGAUGUUGGCAUCAGUGGAGAUAGUGCAGGGGACAUAAACCAGGACUGCAGUGAUGAGAAGGUAGAUACUGUUUCUGCUGCUGGGUUUGAGAUGAUGGAACUUGCCAUAUUUGCAGCUCAAAUGUUGAAGGACACCGCAAUGUGUACCACUAUGGUUCCUGACAUAGAAGCUGUAUGAACCCUGCUUUGUGUGAUUGUUGUUUCUGGCAUUCCUUUCAACAGUAUAGAUUGAUGGCCCUGUAAGGCACUGCUCUGAUGAAGGGUGGAUGAUGUAGAAUUUAUAGGUAGGAGGGUAAGAAUUUUGGGGAAUUUGUUUCCGAAGGGAGAAAAUUAAAAAUUGUGCUGGACAAUCGUAGUGCUAUCGUUUCAUGCUUGUACGAAUUUAUUUAUUAUGUGCGUCUUUCAUUGUACAUGCAAUGUACAGUUUGGUUGAUUUGAAUGAGUUUGUUAUCAUUGUA